UUCUAGCUGAUUAGCCCUUUGUUCCUGGCAGAGAGCAGGGACAAGGGAGAUACAGGGGCCAAAGAUCAGAAGCUACUACUUGGAAAGUGAGGCAGAGUUUUCGUUUGCAGGGGGAUUCUGUUGACGGAGCAGCUUGAAAGGACUUUCAAGGAGAGAAAAAAAUAUUGUCACCUUUAAACUGUGAAGCUAGUAUGCCAUCCAGUUUUUUUGCAAGAAAGUUCAAUGUUCAGUUGUUCUACGGCGAAGAGGACCUAUUUCACCUAUAAGGGGAUCCCUCUCCCCACAAUGGGCUACUCCGAGGAAUCACUAAGUUAUAUGGAAAACGAAUUCCAGCUCCUUGAUGAUGAUGUGGUGACUGUCAGCUAUCCCAAGUCAGGUACCAACUGGAUGUUGGAGAUCUUGGGCUUAAUCUGGCAUGAUGGAGACCCCUCAUGGGUUCAGAGUGUGUUCAUGGCUAACAGGUCACCAUGGAUUGAGACUGUUGAUGGUUUGAAUGUUGCCUUGAACUAUCCUCCACCCAGGUUCCUGACGACUCACCUGCCAUUCCAGUUUUUCCCUAAGUCCUUUCUGCAUUCCAAAUGCAAGGUAAGCAAGAAUGAAGUCAUCAAUCAAGACUCACCUUUAGGUCCUUUUCCAAAUGUCACGUCCCUUGCUCAUCUCUUUAUAUUCCACCUUUGUCUCGGUUUCGCUUUUCCAGUGAUGUUUGGUUCCUGGUUCGACCAUGUGAAAGGCUGGAUGAAGCUGAAGGAGAGACCCAACUUCUUCCUAAUCACCUAUGAAGAGCUCCAGCAGGACCUGCGAGGCAGUGUGAAGAAGAUCUGCCACUUCCUUGGUAAGGAACUGGCCAGUCACCAGCUGGACGAAGUGACAAAAUAUGCCUCCUUCCAAAUCAUGAAGGACAACAAGAUGUCCAACUACUCCCUGUUACCAAGUAUGGAUCACUCUAAAGGAAAAUUCAUGAGGAAAGGGGUCUGUGGAGACUGGAAGAACCACCUCACCGUGGCACAGAGCGAACACUUUGACCACGUUUAUCAGGAGAAAAUGCAGGGUGUGGGUGUGACUUUCCCGUGA